AUGGUUCAGCAGCAAAGUCAGACAAGUAGCAACGACCUUUAUAAUCAUAAUGGCCAUACGUCUACGAUAAAAGACUUGCAAGCGGAUAGGACUUCUUCGGGGUUUCCACAUAAUUCAUAUAAACAAAGAAACGGUUCAAUAAGUACGAAUAACAGCAUAUAUGUUCAAAGCAUACAACUUCGUCACCGUUUCAUAAGUAAUAGUCAGUCGCGAGAGCAGGACUCUUAUGCCAUUGCGGACAAUGUUUCUCAGGCUAAUGAAGAGGACAAUCAACACAAGUCUGCUAUGGAAAGUGAAUUCAAUGCCAAAGUAUCGACGACACAACAAAUAAAUCAGGAAGUUCAAUGUCACAACCAGAAUAUAAUUCCUAAAAUACUUACUCCCCGUAGUGAAAAGAAUCUUUCUGAAGCAAUAUACUCGCUAUAUGAGGAAUUACUUCCUACAAAUGAAAGUCUUGAACGAAGAAAGCAAUUUGUCGAUAAAAUAGAGAGAAUAUUAAACGAAGAGUGGCCUGAUCACGAGAUUAAAGUCAAUUUGUUCGGAUCAUCCGUGAACUCACUUGGAACAUCAACAUCCGAUGUAGAUAUAUGCGUUACGACUCCAUGGAAUGGAUUGAAAAAUAUAAAUAUAUUAGCUAAAGGAAUGAAAAAACAUGGAAUGCAAGGAAUUUACUGCGUUCCAAAAGCUAAAGUGCCUAUUGUUAGACUUUGGGAUCCUACUUUGUAUGUAAUUAUGUAUGCUAAUACUUAUGUAGAUAUUGAUUCAAGAGUUCGUCAGUUGGCAAUGAUAAUAAAACAUUGGGCACGACAAAGAGUUUUGAAUGAUGCUGCCAAAGGUGGUACUCUGUCUACAUAUACUUGGACGUGCAUGAUUUUGAAUUUCCUACAAAUGCGUGAUCCACCAAUAUUACCGGUGCUUCAUCAAAUUCCUCACGAUCCUAAUAUAAUUAAUGGGGUUGAUGUGUCAUUUUACGAAGAUAUCAAAAAGCUGGAAGGAUUUGGUAAUAGUAAUAAGAAUAAUGAAUCGGUUGGUGGUCUAUUAUUUGCAUUUUUCCGAUGUUUUGCUUAUGAAUUUGAUUACGAACAUAACGUAAUAUCUCUUCGGGAAGGUAGGUACCUUACUAAAGAAGAAAAAGGAUGGGGCGAUACCGGUAAAGGCUGGAGACUUUUAUGCGUAGAAGAACCUUUCAAUACCUCAAGGAAUCUUGGUAACAGCGCCGAUGACGUCAGUGUUAAUGGACUAAGAGAUGAAUUCCGCAGAGCAGUCAAAAUCCUUUAUGAAAAAGAAGGCAAAGAAAGUCUGCAGUCUUGUUGUGAACGAUAUAUAUUCCCAAAUAAUUUCAAUAAUAAUAGGAUGGUCGGAUAUUACAACAGGCAAGGUGGAAAAAGAUCUACAUAUUACAAAUAUCACCAAAAUGGCCGUGUGAAUGGAUACUACAAACAACGAGAUGGUAGAAACAUGAAUGAUAACAAUAGUAAUCUUCGAGAAAAGGAAGAGUCAUCUAAGAAUGAUGAAUGUUCUUAUCAGAGAUCAAUCAACACCAAAUAUUAUCCGAACUCGAAGAAUGGUAAUAUAUUCGUACCAACUCAUAAUCAUGAUCAUUAUAAUCAAAAUUUUAUCAAUGAUCCGAAAAAAGAUCCUGUGCCCGAAUUUAAUUGGAUGCGCUCCAACGGUCAAAUAUAUCCACCUGAAACGAUUCAGAUAUCGAAUUAUUCUGAGAAUGGAAGACAAUCUUCAGAAUUGAGUGAAUCACCUAUUAAUACACAAAAGGCCGGUGACGAAUCAAAUAGGAUACCGACCUACGCAUCAGCACAUAAGCCUACAAUUCCAUUGAACAAUAAGCUUAUCUGUACAUCGAGUCAAAAGCAUAUCGGCCAAUCUAAUCAGAAAUCGUUCAAUAUACAGAGUAAAUCUAUGGCCGGGACAACCCGGAAUCCUGACCAUGAAUUAGAGAAAAAGUUUACGCGUGUUCCAGAUCCUAAACCUGUUAGAGAGAUGAAAUCAAGUUUCAAUCACUUAUCUAACAUAAAUUCAGUUCAUGAUCCUGACAAACAAUCCAGUUCAAAUCUCGGUUGCCAAACGACUCAAGCUUCGAACACCAGACCUGGUCAAACAUACAACAAAUCAGCAAAUUUGCACGCGAAGCCAUCUUGUCAUUCAUCGAGGCCUAACGAGGAGUCUAAUUAUAAAUCUUAUGCAUAUGGUGGGUGUGGUGAGAAUAAUACACUCUUUAAGAAUCAUCAAAAUUUAACACCACCCAAAAUCAACGGAGGUCAUGUCCAGCUAACAAUACAUCAAAUGUUUGACAAAAAACCGAUACAUCCAGUCACAGCUACUUAUAUACCUCCGAACAACAUGUCGAUUUACUCGUCACAUGUUCAGAAUCAUAACUCGCAACCACCCGAAAAUUUCACUACGUUUCAAAGACGUCUGUCGCAUCAAUCAUCAUCCGACGGUUCGAAUAGUCAUACUAGUGUUAAUAGUAGCAACACAAGUUAUAGUAGUAAUGGCUAUCAACAAAAUGUCAGUUCAAGCAAACCUAGGGACAAUUAUUAUUCCAACAAUCAUCAGCAUAAUGGUUCAAACUUUGGCAGAAAGAAGCGGCAAUAUAAUAAUUCUGGUAACAUCGAUAAUGGCAACGGACAAAACUUUCAAAGUCGUAAUUUAUCAAACGAGUCAAAUUCGGUUCUUACAUCUGUGAACUCGGUUAGAAACAGUAACAAUUCGACAAUCUCCAAUCAAUCCGUUUCCAGCACGCAAAAUGAAGGCAUAAUAUCGAAUUAUUCAACAUCGCCAAAGUUAAAUCAUCAUACAAUGCCCAAAGGACAAAAUAGUAACGGGAAUAAUGGAGGUAAUCAGAGUGGCUAUUUUAAUGGCUGUAAGGAAAUGAAAUAUGAUAUGAAUAGUGAAAAUCUCUCUAGCGGGCAAAAAACGAUGAAUCACGGUCAUCACUCUAAUUAUUUAAAGACGUCAACUAAUGGGCAUUCGAAUAAUAGUAAUUAUUCCAACGGAAUGAAGUCAACAAAUGGUUACCAGAAUAAUCAUUAUGCCAACGGUUCAAAAUCAAUUAAUGGUGGCAAUCAGACUGAUGGGAAUUACGCGCAUGGAUCAAAAGUUACAAAUGGUAGUUAUCCGAACAACGAUAGUUGCCCUAUUAGACCAAUUUCCAUUAAUGGCUCUCACUUUGGAAACAACAGUAGUAAUUAUUCAGAGGUUCUAAAAAUGUCAAAUAGUGGUGCUAACAAUAAUUAUGCCAACAUUGCAAAGUCUAUGAAUGACAGUAAUCAGAAUAAUCAGAACUCUGUUAAAUACAGCAACAAUAAUUACUCCAAUUAUGGAUCUCGAUCUAUCAGUUACGAUAACAUGAAUUAUGCCAGGGAUACCAAUAAUUCUAAUGUGCAUAAAACUUUUGAUGGAAAUAGUUUUAAUGCGUCAAAGACCGCUAAUAAUUCCAAUUCCAACACUGAUAAAAAAGAUGAUAAUGCGAUUGUGCAACAUCAAAUUCCACAUUCCAUAGCAACAAUAUCACAACAGCAGGAGACUGGAUCAAAACAAAAAAAUAAUCCUGCACGUUUGAAAGGCGUUUGUCCCUAUCAACCGAAUCUUGAUAUUAGUUGUUUGACCUACGAUAAAAAAUUUUCUAAUCGAGGUUCUUCCUCACAAAUUGUGGAAGGAAAAAAGAGUUACAAACUCACCUUAUUAUUUGAUACAAGUAAAACGAUCCCACAGGUGCAAACAUUGAAAUCGAAUUUUAUUCCGACGCUAAAAACUCACAUUUUAAUUGUCGACAAAUGCUUCGAAUACCAUUUAGAAGAAUCUUGGUGUAAAAUAUUUUUAGAUGAGAUCAUAAUUAACUCGGUAAUUUUCGCAGGAAAAUUAACCGCCGAUAAACAAAGAAAUUCUCAUUCACCACCGAAACCAUCAAAACGAUUGAUUCGAUUUUUUAAUCGAUGUAUUGCAACAUGA